AUCACUACUGCACCAGCACGGCACGACACUGCUUUUACUUUCCUGUAAAUCGUAUAUAGUCUUUGUACUGUACCUAUAAAUGUAGUGGCUUCAACGUAGUUUACAAUGUACGUACAUCCUGUGCGUCAGAGUGCAAGGCCGAUACAGUUCACCUGGUGCAAGUGCGAAGCAACCUUGCACCCUGCGCACGCGCUCAUAAAGACUCCAAUACUUUUCACCAGCUCAGACUCAGCGGCAACUAAUGAACUGAAAUCGGUCUCUUGCGAAUGAAAUGUGGGACUGAAUGGUGUUCAUAGCGCACGCAAGUGUUUGUAAUUACACUUUUUCACACACGUAAACGUGAAGUAGGUGCAGCAGUCGUUGCAAUUGGUAACAGAUAUGUGUCUUGCUUUUUGCCGUACAUUUUAUCGGAGAAAUUGGCUUGGAAAAUGUUUCUCGAUCAUUUUCAAGUUCAGUUACGUAAGUGCGCGUGCGGAGAAUUAGUGCGGAAUAGCGGAUGUUUGGUGGUGCUCGACGGCCAAGUGGCGCACGGUUAUAAGCUCUCACCCGCGCCACCGCCUGGCAGUCGCUGCUGGACCACCCUCAUACACGUUCAGUUUUAGUUUAGUGCUGUGUGUGACAAAAACGAACAUGUGUACCGCUUUCCGGAUAUACGUCCUAUCUGUUAUCUGUGUAGCAGUCGCCGCGGGCAAUGUGCACGGACCUCGAAGAUCCCGUAGGAUGGAGGUCGACGAUUCAGCACAAAACGAAAUUGACAGUGGACGAGCUGAGGACAGCUCGUGGUGGUGGACAGGCGAAUUCUCUGUUUUACAGAAACUUUACGACGACUGCAGUGCGCAAAAGCACAUGUCAAUGUGUUUGAAGGGAAAAGCUUUGAUGGCACUCACAAGAGCAGUGGAACAGGAGAGCGUUCAGCUCGCCGAUGGGCUGACGUUGGUGAAGCAAGCUGACGCACCCUCCGCGGUUGCGGAGCCGCGCUUCUUCCCUGGUAUGUCCACAGAAGAUAAGCUGGAUGCCAUGUUGCGCACAAGGUUCCAGCAGUUAAUGAACACACACACCAUUUCUAUGGAUUUGGCAUCGGAAGGCAGGGGUAGAGGUAAGAAGGUGCUUCCUUACCUGUUACUCGGUAUUUUCACUACCGUAACGAUUGUGGGAGGAAUGGCGCUAAAGACUCUCGCAGCGAUUGCCGGCAAAGCCCUCAUCGCCAGUAAGGUUGCUCUAACUAUUGCUGGUAUCAUCGCCCUGAAGAAACUGUUCAGUCACGACGGAGCCCCCGCUGAAACCACCUUCCAAGUGCACGCUGAUGGACACCAUAGUAUUUAAUUCGAAGGCGGAACCUGUAUGUGGUGAGGCCAGCGAAAGGUGGCGCGGUGGACCCGUACUCGUACGGGGAGCAGAGCACGGCGAGCGCGUAGCCGCACCAGCUCGCAGCCGGCGGCCGCUGGCCCCGCCGGCGUCACCCGCAGCCGCUCACCACCGCCGCGACCAUCGCGCCAACACACAAAAUAACCUCAAACCAAAGUACCGUCCUCCGCGGACAUCCCUCUGAGACGAAACGGUCGUCCAUCUCAAUUUCAAAUCUAUGUCAGUAAAUUAUUUAAUGUAAUUUAUUUAUUUGUGACUACAGUUGUAUGUUUAAUGAUAAUUAAUUUAUUAAAGUGAUGUAAGAGGUAAUAAUAAAAAAUGUUACACUCA